GACGCUCUGAGCUGCGGCUGCUUCCCUGAAGACGUCGCGGCUCUGAUCGGCCCUCCUGUGGGUGGAAAUCCCACGUGGUUUCAGUGUAUAAAAACUUUGGCAGUGGAAGCCCCUGCCGUGGGGUCUCAGUGAGCAGCCGGACCUGGAAGUUUAAAAACGCACGGGGACAGCGCGCACCGGGCACGCGCACACUACAGAAAAAAAAACAACAACUAAAGAAACACGGGAGAGGAAGCGGCUCCAGACGCGGACCUCCUGACCGGCUUCGUGGAUGAAAGAGCUGGAUGGACCCGCAGUCUGCCUCUCUCACCGAUCCACAGAUUGACGCUAAAUUUGCGGAUCGGCGCUGCGUGAUGAGCGGAGGAAGGUAGAGGCGCUUCCCGCGGAUCUCCCUGCAGGUUUUGGGUUUUAGUGGAUUUCUGCAGGUGUCUCUGCUGGAGCAACAGAACCUGCAGAUGCGUUGAUGCAGCUUUAAUUUCUGUCUUCCAAUAAACCAACUCUGGACUCUUAUUGGAGGAAAAGCUUUGCGGCAAAAUGAGCCUCUAUAGUUUGGGAUUGUCACUGAUGCUGUGCGUCAUGUACGCGCGCGGCAGCGCAGAGGAGGCUUCCAGUCCUCCCCGGGAGUCGUGCGCCUCCUGCGGACUCAGGGCGCCGGAUCAGUCGGAGCGCGUCAACAUCGACUUCGUGGAGGCGGUGAAGCGACACAUCCUGAACCGGCUGCAGAUGCGGGACAGGCCCAACAUCACGCACCCAAUCCCAAAGGCUGCCAUGGUGACGGCGCUGCGGAGGCUGCACGCCGGGAAAGUGCGAGAGGACGGCCGGGUGGAGAUCCCCAACUUUGACGGCCAGGCCACCUUCAGCAGCGACGCGCAGGCAGAGACCUCGGAGAUCAUCAGCUUUGCAGAAUCAGAUGAAAAGACAAACCCAAAAAGUGGUCUGUACUUCCUGAUCUCCAACGAAGGUCACCAGAACCUCUUUGUGUACCAGGCGAACCUCUGGCUGUACCUCCGUCUGCUGCCCUCCGGACCCGAGAGGGGACUCCGGAGAAAGGUCACUAUCAGAAUUCACUACCAGGAGGCUGGGGCGGAAGGAGCCACAGCCGGGGGUUCAGGGGGGCACUGGAUCCUGGUGGAGAAACGUGUUGACCUGAAACGCAGUGGCUGGCACACCUUCCCGCUGUCCGAGGCAGUGCGGGCCGUGUUUGGCAAAGGCAGCCGAAGGCAGGACCUGGAGGUGCAGUGCGAGGACUGCAACACUGCCGGAGUGGCUCCGGUGCUGGUGGACCCAGGCGACCCGUCCCACCGGCCCUUCCUUGUUGUGCGCGUGAGGCAAACGGACGGAAAGCACCGCAUCCGCAAGCGGGGCCUGGAAUGCGACGGCACCAGUGGUGGGUUGUGCUGUCGGCAGCAGUUCUACAUAGACUUCCGCCUCAUUGGCUGGAACGACUGGAUCAUCGCUCCGGCCGGUUACUACGGCAACUACUGCGAGGGAAGCUGCCCGGCCUACAUGGCCGGCGUCCCAGGCUCGGCUUCGUCAUUCCACACAGCGGUGGUCAACCAGUACCGCAUGCGGGGGAUGAGUCCUGGCUCAGUGAACUCCUGCUGCAUCCCGACCAAGCUCAGCACAAUGUCCAUGCUCUACUUCGACGAUGAGUACAACAUCGUGAAGCGGGACGUUCCCAACAUGAUCGUGGAAGAAUGCGGCUGCGCCUGACCGUACCCGUCAGAAACCACCCUAAGAACAAGACUCUUCUGUGCAAAACAUGCAUCCAUUUAUCUGAGCAAACGCGCCGCGCUGGUCUAAUUCAGGAAGCGCAGCACCAGGGGACGUGUCAUCAUCCACAGGAAAAGACGGGAGGGAUGUCUACCAAAUUAUACCUUGCUCUAGUUUGCCAUUUCUAGCUAAAAAAAUAAUGGCCCAUCAUCUCCUCUGAAUGAAGUUGUUCUCUUUUUAAAGCGCUUAAAGACAAAGACAGGAUGGACCAGUCAAAGUGCUGGUAUCAAAUCUUCUUCCAACCCCUCUGAAGUACUUAGAAAGUUUUCAUAAAGCACUGUCUGAUAGAAACAAGAACACCAGCACUUCCCCACGGUCGACCGACGCGGUCCGACUGUCCCUCCCGGUGGAGUUUGACCAGCAGCGUCUGCAGCGGCGGAGGCCGGUCGGAGUUUGUUACCGAGCCGCUGCUCUGCCAAUCACUAAGGUCUCAGAGGUGCACUUUGCCUGAACCUGUGGACUCGGAGACGCCACAGGGCGGUGCAGCACUUGCAGGUACUGAAAUGCACACCCUGAAUAGCACUUGUAUACGAAUGCCUUCCUAGGGUCAGAUCGCUAAACAAGUGCCACAUGAGCUAUGCAAUGUGUAGAAGAACCCUAUAAAACCCAUAAUAGACUUUAGACUGAACUUUUUCUUCCUUUCCUGAGUCUCAUCUUCAUUCCUCAGCUGUUUAAUAAUACUUGAAAUGUGAUCCUUCGCUUCGGUCCAAAGCGAACGAUUGUUGUGAUGUUUGCACUGAAAGGUUGUGAAUUUAAUGACACAGAAACUGCCAUUGAAAAGUUAUUUUUGUAAAGAUAAUUUGAAAAAAAAAAGUUUUAUUGUGGAGACGUAAUGAAACCAAAGAGGCCCGGAC